CCGCAAAACACCUCGACUCCAUUGCUACUCUGCUCCAAGAUACCCUCAAACUUGCACUUCCACUUCCACCAACCUCAAAUCCCAUGUUUCCUCACAAUCCGCCGCCCGGAUGAUCCGCCAAAAAUGGCUUCCCUAUGCCAGGGCCAUCUUCGCCGCCCAGAAAAGAUGUCUUUCCUCGCCAGGCGCCAGAUCCACCAAGUUCGUCGAAAAAGAUGAGAGCUGGGGAACUCUGCAGGAGAAGCUCAACUCUUCUCUUGCUAAGCGCAGUCCCGGUCGGAUCUCCAAGUCGAAGCCAAGGCCUCGCACUCGAUUGGAGGGUGCAAUGGCUGAGGGCUUUGGUUCCCAACACAUGCUUAUCAUCGAGGGUCUGCCAACGUCGCUUGUCGCUGCUGACUUCCAUCGUCUUGCGCCAGGUACGCUCGCUGGCUGGGAAAACGUCAUUACCCAUGUCUACCAAGAUCGCGAUCCCUGGACGAUGGAACCGCUUGGCACAUACUACAUAACCUUCCCCUCCAGCGCCGCCGCUGACAUCUACCGCGAUAGAGUCGAACGUGUCCUCCGCCUCGCCCAAGCAAAGAUGAGGGAUGGCACAGGUUUCUGGGCCACCAAAGUGAACCCCGCUCUCAUCAAUAGAAAAAGCAAACCCGAAAUUGAGGUCGAGCGCUUCACACUCCUCCCAGGUUCAUACGCAUCCGCACCUAAGAUCAAGUUCAGACGGGUCAAAAACAUGGCAUGGCAGCAAGUUAUGCAUCGAAUCGUCAAAAAGUCUUCCCAUAAAAGGAAUCCUAGCCAUGUGCUGCUUGAGCUACCGCAGGCGAACUUCUCGGCGUCGGAGCUCAAGGCGAUCAUAAAGCAGGAUGGUGUAGAAAGUGGACACGAUUGGCAGAUGGAUGUGUUCAGUCUCAGGGAGACCAUGGACUUCGAGGAGGGGUUUCCCAGAAACACCCGCCGGGUGCCUUUGUUUCGAAGCAGCCCGGAGUUUCGACACAAGCUCGAUUCCCGGUUUGUCCUUACCUGCGCGAAUCCUGAAGUUGCAUGGCGAUUCAUUCGUAACUGGAAUCAGCGCAUUCUUGAAUAUGACGGAGGAGACGAGGUUAUCUUUCGUAACCGUGUAAAAGCAUCAUAUAUUCAGACUUAGCGAUUGUAUUUUAUUGUAACGAAAAGAAUCAAAGAAUCAAAGACGCUCGCUUCACAGCCCAUCAAAUCUCCGAUGGUCUGAAAAUAAGACAUCAACACAUUCACAAAGGAGCCAUUGGCUCCUCUUGACCCGAUACCUAAUCGCAGGCAAGGCAAUUAAAUACUCCA